ACAUAGUCUGAACAGUUAGGAGCUGGCAACCAAAAUCUUGGAGAACAAAAGGAAAGGUUACCUUUGAAACUUGAGAUUAAGAAGAUGGUUAUUUUGAUUCAGAGGUAGUGAUAAACUUCUAUUAAGGUACAACAUGUGGUCCAGUUAAAUAGAAGGAUAAAAAUAAAACACUCUCACGUUUUGCAUGUCAUUAAAUUCCUAUGGUACCUACUAGGGUAUACUUUUAUAUUGUUAUGGUGAAAGUGUAAAACACUUGAUAAUCCUUUUAAAAAAUUUCUUUUAUAAGGAGCAAGGAAAACUAUAUAUCUUUGGUCAACCUCCUCCUGAGUAUGUCCUAUAUAGAUUUGAGCUCUCCUCCAGUUUCCUCUGGAAAAAUUAGGAGGAAAAUUAUCUGCACAUCAGAUUGAAAAUAAUACUGGGGGUUAGUUCAUGGCUGCAAAAAUUUCCCCAUAUCACUUGGUGAGGCUGUUUUACCAUGUGGUCUAUGUUCUAAAUCUGGAGAGAAGACUUGGCUUUGUUCUUCCAGUAUGUGCAUUGCCUCUGAUUAGAAGAAGAUAAACUUUUCUCAUACUCGGUUAAUGGCUCUUCUAUAGAAUCAAAUCUCUAAUGAAUCUUCUUUGGUAGUAAACACUGGAAAAGAGACACAUCCAAAACUCAUAUAUUGCCUUGUUCUGUAUACCUGAGUCCAACAAAUCUGACAGAAUAGCAAAUCCCAUUGUUUGCAAGGCUUUGGACUGCAAUUUUCUAAGUAGACUCUGAGCGCCGCUGUUGGCCAAUGCGCUGCAAGAGCAGGAGUCCACGAUCUACCUAAGUGAUUUUCUGCGCAGUCACGGAAGCAAGUCUGAAAGGAGAUGAAGCCCACACAUAGACUCUCUGCUCGGCAAAUGAUUUUGGAAUACAGAUUGGGAUGCCUUGAAACUGAAGACAUUGAGUUUUCUACGUAUUGGCAGUAACUAUUUUAAACACAAUUUGUAAAGCAUCUUCUCUUAACAUCAGAGGCUGUGGCAGCGCAGAAAAGGAUGGGAACUAGGGCGAAGCAGAGGAGCUAUACCCGGCAGCGGCAAGUACUCUUUCCCUUCCUGCUGCCUUUGUUCUGUGGGGGGCUCUCUGAGCAGAUCCGCUACUCUAUUCCAGAAGAAAUGGCCAGGGGCUCAGUGGUAGGAAACCUUGCUGAAGACCUGGGGCUGCAUGUACAGGAUUUAUUGACCCGCAACUUCAGAGUUAGUGCAGAGAAACAAUACUUUACCGUGAACACAGAGAAUGGCAACAUACUUGUGAGUGACAGAAUAGAUAGGGAGUUGCUCUGUCCCCCAAACCCUCUGUGUGUCCUGCCCUUAGAGAUUGUGGCAGAUAAUCCUCUAAAUGUUUUUCACAUAUCUGUGAGGAUAGAAGAUAUAAAUGACAAUCCACCUUAUUUCCCCCAAAAUAGCAUUGUUUUAAAAAUCAAUGAACUUGCAAUUCUUGGAACUCGAUUUGGUUUGGAAUCUGCUAUAGAUGCAGAUGUAGGACCUAACUCUCUCCAGAAUUACCAACUCAGCUAUAAUGAGUAUUUCUCUCUGAUGGUGAAGGAUAAGACCGAAGGCAAGAAUGCCCCAGAAUUAAUAUUGGAGAAGCCGCUGGACCGGGAACAUCAGAGCUCCCAUCUUCUGGUCCUGACCGCAGUGGAUGGAGGUGACCCAGUCCGAAGUGGCACCGUUCAAAUCAAGAUUGAGGUCACCGAUGCCAAUGAUAACCCCCCAGUGUUCAGUCAGGAUGUGUACAAAGUUAACCUUCCAGAGAACUUGCCCUCAGGCACCUCUGUGCUAAAGGUGACAGCCAUCGACCAGGAUGAGGGCAUCAAUGCAGAGAUCACCUACUCCUUCAAAACAGUAAGAGAUAUUGGAAAUAUGUUUAUGCUUGACCAUCAAAGUGGAGAAAUUAAAUCCAAAGGUCCUAUAGACUUUGAAAACAGUAGUAGUUAUACCAUGAGUAUAGAAGCCAAGGAUGGUGGAGGCAUGGCCACUGAAUGUAAAAUUAUAAUAGAAAUUUUAGAUGAGAAUGACAAUGCCCCAGAGGUCAUUUUCACUUCGGUGUCAAGUUCCAUAACUGAGGACACAGAACAGGGGAUGGUGAUUGCUCUGUUCAAAACACAUGACAAAGAUUCGGGAGAAAAUGGAGAGGUCACAUGCCUCAUAAAAGAAAAAGUUCCUUUUAGAAUUGAAUCUUCUGCCAAUAAUUACUACAAACUUGUAACAGAUGGGGCCCUGGACCGGGAGAAGACCCCUGUGUACAACGUCACCAUCACAGCUACUGACAGGGGAAAGCCGCCUCUUUCCUCUAGCUCAAGCAUCACUGUGCACAUCGCAGAUGUCAACGACAAUGCGCCCAUUUUCGAACAGGCGUUCUAUAUGGUCCACAUUGCCGAGAACAACCCUCCAGGAGCCUCCAUCGCCCAAGUC